AAGCAGAAGGAAGGCAGCAAAAGGGAAAGUGAUCUCUCUGCUUUUUGAGGCCAAACCCUGAACACCUUGUUUUUUAGUUACAUAUAACUUCUAUAUCACAAUUACAGAAACCAGGCAUAACUUAAACAAGUUGUAAAGAUGAGUUCUGUGAAGAGGUCUUUUGUGUUGUUUCUCUUGGUUCUGUUCUUGUCAUCCUGCAUAUCAGCUAUCAGUUUGGUGGAAGAAAGAAAGAUAACUGCUGUUGUGAAAGCGGCUGCCGGUGGUGGUCAUGGUGGCGGUGGUGCGCAUGGUGGCGGUGGCAGUGGUGCACAUGGUGGUGGGGGAAGUGAAGCUGGAGGGUCAAAUGAAGGUGGUGGUGGCAAUGGCGAAGGUUCUAGGACACCUUCAGGAGUAAUACCUGCCGUGGUGGUCGGAGGAGCUGGUGCUGCAAAUGCCAGGCAUGGUGCAAGGAAGCACAAUGCGGCGACAAUUAGCCAUGCGCAGCCAAUCUACAUCCCAUUGGUAGCUGCAAUGCUUGGUGUUGCAAUCCUGCUCUUUGUUUGAACUUCAGUGUGUGUGUGUGUGUUCAGGUAUAUUGGUAAAUUGUCUUUGGUGUUUGAAGUUUGAGCUCUGCGGUCCAUAUAGUUUCUUUACGAUCAAGAACUCAAUUUGGAUUUUAUGGAUAUGUUCAUAUUAAUAGAACUUGAUUUGCCA